AUGGAAGCCGUGAUGACUAUCAACCAAGGACAGGAUAGAGAAAGACUGUCUCUACGCACUCUCUCCACAUCUCCGACGGCGGCGACAGCGCAGGAUAUUAGCACAACGUCAGGUCCAGGCCUGAGUGAAUCUCUCUUUGCCAGCAUGUUGCCCUCACUCUUGCAGCCUUGUCAUCCCCAGGACCAGAUCCUUGCCUCAGAGCCAGUAUUCCCCUUCAAAAAUUGGAGCAUGGAGCAGAUCUUUCAAUCAGACUCAGAAAUCUUCGUGCAGCCCUCGCCCAGGGAUCUGAUUACAGAUUUCCCUGGUAUGCUUGAUGAAGGGUUCACUGUACCAGAUCAAUCGCCGCCUCAAUCCGAUACUCGAAGAUCGGUGGCAUCGUUUACCCUGGAAGACACAGAUUAUACUCUAGUCCAGGCGAACGUCGCUCGCUUGGAUCCCGAAGGACGGCUAUCAAAUUUCCAAUUCCCGUCCAAGUACGCAGUUGUUCGCUUCGUGAAAGCCUUCUUCUCACAUAUGGCAUCAAACCUACCCAUAGUGCAUGGCCCAACGUUCGAAAUUACUGCCGUGCCUUCACCACUUUUACUAGAGAUAAUGGCUUGUGGAGCACUCUAUGUGAAUGAAUCAGCUACUGCGACAAAAAUGCACAUGGCUGCACUGCUACUUCUUUCCAAGAUUGAGGAGAUCUCAUUGUGCGAAGGCACAGAGGAAAAAUUUCAGACAUGGCUGCUCCAAGCAUACUUACUUGCAACUUACUUUGGAUCAUACAGUGGUGAUGUGCGCAUGGAACGGCAAAUAACCCAAACAUUUUGUCACUCGAUUCAGCUUGCUCAAGAAGCCAUUGACGUAUUAAGGCCUUCAGACCCAAGCACAUACAAAGAAUGGGUCGAUCAAGAGACCAUGAGAAGGUGUAUCGCAGGGAGCAUCAUUGUGGGGGCGGCUCUUUCUGCGACUUUAAAACACAAAUACGUCAAUAUUCCCUUCAUCCACGCUCGAUUUCCGCUUCCAUCACCAACAGCAGAGUGGACGAAGGACGAGAUGGGAUGGAAACUAACUCCUAGCAUGAUGUAUAGCUCGGAUGUAACAGAGAAGCUUUUGACGGGCCAGAAGCCUGACCUAGGGAUUACUGACCUCGGGUUUCUCACCAUCGUUGCAUCUGUCCUACACCAGAUCUGUUCAUUUGAAUCAUAUGCAGGCUCAGGUUCUUCGGACUUAUACGCAGAUUCCUUCCGUGGUUUGCAAAAAUCAUUACAAGGUAUUGAUGAGACGUGGAGGAACCAGAUAGCUGAUGACAAUUUCUUUGAAUCAAGUCCCGGCGCACUGACUCAGUGCACGCGAUCAUUCUUAGAUUCUGCCUACUAUCACCUCUAUGGUAGCCAGCACCUGGCAAUCAUGAAAAAGCUACUCUAUAAAUGGACAAGCUUGACUGGAUUAGACGAGCUUCAUCAGCUCUGUGCCAAUCCACAUGCGUCCAUCCUGCACAUCGCCCUCUUACGCGCGGCAGACUCCCUGAGAUAUGAUUGUCGGACGGGAAUCAAGUAUCUGCGGAAAAGAGCACCAUUUCAGUUCGGGCCAAUCUCUGCUAAUUCUAUUUGUGAGGGCAGCCUUUUACUAUGCUGGUAUCUGCGUGCAAAAAAAUCGUGUUAUCCUGCACUGGAACGUAAUCCCAGCGUUGAAGCUCUGAUUGAAGAAUGCGCUGCAGAGCUAGAAGGUCUGCAAAGUAUCACAGCAGGUCAGGAAGAAGUCCUCCCUCUUGCUGUUACCGCAGAACUCAUUCAAGAAGAUUCGGUGUGGCAAUGGCCUCCUACAUUAGCCAAGAAACUUAUGGACUUGAUCCCGCGUAUCCAACUAUAG